AGGGGAAAGGAAAAACAAAAACAGCUAGAAAAUAUCGAGAGAAAGGAUGCGGUGGUCAUUUCUUUUCCGAUAUGUGUUUGUCAACAUUAUGUUUCAAGCUUCGACUGAAGCCACCCCGAAUGAUCCACCUACAUGGGACUCUCCUGCUCAAAUUAAUCCUGUAAUAUCACUAGAUAUUACAGCCCCCAAUGCUUGUGAUAAAGUAACAAAGCUGAGGGCAUCAUCUGGUGACGGCUCAACAGUGAUUAUAAGUCUCGUGCCUCAAAGCCCAGAUGGAGGAUUUACCAUUGAUGAAGACGUGUUUGGUAAUAAAUUACUCAAAUGUGAUAAGAAUUCAAUAACAGAGCCGUCCUACAAGGUCGUUCUCAAAGCAAAACAUGAUGGAGGGAAUAAUGCGGAAACCAUCCUUACAUUGACAAUCAGUGUCAAAGGCUUAACCGAACCAGUGGCUCCAGUGUUCAUCAGGCCAGAUCCAGAUGAUACGAAAAAGGAACACAAGAUUUUUAUUCCCGAAACAAUUCAAGAAGAGAAUGAAGUCCUGACACUUGAAGCCACGGAUGAAGAUACAGAUAAUGCAGCACUGACAUUCAACAUGGAUGAAAGUCCAAUUUCAACGAAAGAAUUAUUUGAAAUAGAUACCAGAACUAAUAAAUUGAUGGUCAAAAGUGGUGUCGCUAAAGAUUAUUUUGAUGCUGAGAAAAAGGAUGCUAUUCUUGAAUACCCUAUUAUUCUAGAAGUUAGUGAUGGAGCUUUGUCUGCAAGGUUGUCAACUACUAUUUACGUAACAGAUGUUAAUGAUAACCGCCCUGAAUUUUCCGGGAAUUUUACAGCAGAAAUUCCAGAGACCGCCGUUGCAGGUUAUUCAGUUUUGAACGUUACAGUGUCAGACAAUGACAGAACUAAAGCAAACAACCAGGUCAAGUGCACCUUAUCUGGAGCCGCAGAAUUUGAAAUCAUCGGUGAAGAAAUACUAGUAGCAGCAGGCGCUAGCUUCGACGCUAGAUUGAAUUCGUCUUUUAGACUAACUGUAACAGCUUCGGACAAUGCACCAACAGAUCCUAAAUCUACUGAUAAAGACAUUAUUAUCAGCAUAACAGCAGGACAACGAACAUCAGAAAAAGGUGAAUCUAACUCUGGCAACAAUAAUAGAGGGUUGAUAAUUGCUGUAGUUUUGGCUUUGUGUGUAUCAGUUUCUGUCCCUGCCAGCGCCGGUUUGGCGUCUUACAAAGUCAUCCCCACCAAAAGAAAACUGAAAUUCAAGAAUGGUAUAGAAACAACUAAUCAAACUGUUGAUGAAAAGACUGUCUAAAAGUACACAGUGGAAGUGAAAUAUUUUGCUAAAGGAAGCAAUACAAGAAUGAUGUGAUUAACAAUGAAAUAUAAACAAUGUAUGGUCGUAAACCCCUGAUUACCCGUAACAACUCAUUUAUAACAUAUGCAUUCAAAUGAACUGACACUUGCUUACUACUGACAUGCUUCUCAGAAUGGUUGUUAUCCUAUAUGCGUAUGUUUUGCCUCGAGUGUUGUUGUAUUAUAUUCAUGUAUUCAUAUUUGUGUGUGUGUGUGUGUGUGUGUGUGUGUGUGUGCGUGUGUUUGUAUUUGUGCGCGCGCGUGCGUGUGCUAGUGCAUGUGUUCUAAUUAUAAUUAUACUCUGUUUAACGGUUUUUGGUGCAUUAGGUGUUCGUUGAAUGUUGUUGUUUCUAUUGGCUCGUUGUCUUUAGUUGUUUUCUUGAAGCAACGAAGUGUUGCUCAUUGACCACAGUUUAUGUGCAUUACAAUGCAAGUCGUACAAACGCUUAACAUGAUACUAAAGAACGACGUGUUUAAGACUAGUUAUUGUGGACUUACAUAUGUCUAAACACUGUAUUUUCUCCAGUUGUGUGAGAAGUUAUUGCUAUCAAUCAUAUUUUAAGUUUACUCUAAUAUGCUUAUAAGUGAGCUAUUUUACACGCGGUCUAGCAGUUGGCAACAGUAUUCUGUAAAACAUUUUUGUCUUAUAUUGUGAUAUUUUAAGCUAGACAUAAAAUACAACAGUGUCCCCUUCAAAAGAAGGUGCAUGCAAUUAUGAUGACCCUGGCCACAAUAUCACAAGGAAAAAAUUGUUAUCUUACUAAUGAAAUGAUUUUUAAUUAUCAAAUCAAAGCAAGAUCCAGACAUGAGGUAUUUUAACUAUUUUAUUUUAAUCGAGAAAAAAAAUCCGUUCUUUUUCCAGAAUGUCUGGCCACUAAAUCGGGACCGUUGUUCAAACACUUUAUGAAUUAUAUAGGAACAUUUUCCAUCAUGUAAUUCCAUAUAAUUGAGGUCAUACGCACUAUUUUACGUUGAAUUUAAUGGAAGUGUAUAAUGCUUACCAGUAUUUUCCUAUUUUUUACUACAAACGGAUCGUCGAUUUAGCUAUUGUUAUACGUUUACAUGAAACACUUUUUGCAUAACAUCGUUUAUUUUAACUUUUGUAAGAUGCAAUUUCAUGCAGCUUUGUGGUAUAUUUUUUAUUACGAUAUGAAGUCCUACGCGAUACUAUUUUUUGUUCAUUUCAUCUUUGUUGUCUAUUAUUGCAGUUUACAUUUCUAUUAUUGUGCAUAUGUAUACAUCAGUACAUACACUUGAUCAAUACAUACACUGCAUAUAAGUUGGCCCACAUAGCUCAACAGAGAGAGCACUGAUCAACGGAUCUCUUGGCAUUGUGUUCAAUCCCAGGGCGAGGAGUAUGUUCUCCGCGAAGAUUGAUGUAAAACAUUGUAUCUGAAAUCAUUUGUUCUAUAAUUCAUUUGGGAGAAGUUGGAAGUUACUAGCGACAAACAAGUUAGUACUUGUACUGAAUUUAGUAACACUGGUUACGCUUACUGCCCGCCGUUUUAUAUCUGAAAUACUUUUGGAAACAAACUGCUGACCGGAUUUUUUUCGAAAAGCAGUGUCCAAAGUAAGACGUGAAAUGCCUCUUAAAAUCAUUCUUAUUUUCUAUGUAAAAUCAAGAAAACAAAUAAAAUUCGAAUGGUUUGCAAGCUCUUUAAGUUUACAAAUCUUAUUUCUAUGUAGAACUUAUAAAGACUAAUAAAUUACCCUAAAAUAGUACUUCAAAUGAACUCAUAUUUUAUUGACAAUGGCGAAGUUUUCUAGGAAGUGUUUUGUUUUGUAUCCAGCUGCAUCCACGUUAUGCUGAAUAAUAACAAACUGUUAUCUUUUUUUUCUCUAACAAAUAUCUUAAAGAUUACAGUUCAAGAUUACAGUUAAUUUCGUGAUGUGGUUAUGGUGCAGUUGUGGUUCGCCAAAGAGGAGGUAUUUUACUUUAAAUCAACGUUGAGUUGUGUCUGUAAUAUGUUUGAAUGGACGGUUUAAUUUUACGUGCAGAUCAGCAUGAACAUCAACCUCACAAUCUAUUGCUAACAUAAUGCAUUGUAUAUGAAGGCGGUUUGUAAAUGGGUAUUAUUUUAUAAUAUUGCUCUAAAAUAUUGCAUUUUUCGAUUACUGGCUAUGGCAUACGGCCUAUCGAAAUUAUUCUUUAUGUUAACGUCCGAUACCACGACAGUUCUUUAGAUUUGAGAAUUAUCUAAAGGCAAUGACUGUAAUCCUUGAUAAAUGUAUUCUGAAUUUUACUUUAAAAUGUGUAUAAUUCCACUUUAAGAACAUAAUUACUGUCAAAAAGUUCGCGAAUUUCCAAUUCCAGAUGUUUCGCGAGCGGAAAUAUUCGCAAAUCACCGAAAACUGAAGUGCCAAAGCUAAGUUUGUAUAACAUUAUUAGACUUUAAUGACGUGUCUUGAUGAACGUGGAAAUUCUGAUAUAAUGGCUGCUAGUUUCGCAUGUUAAAUUCAAAAAAAAAUUCAGAACAUUUUGACUUAUACAGUAUUACAAAGGCACGAUAUACGGACACGUGAAAUAACAGUUCUCUCAUAAAUUUUUGGCUUAGUUUUAUUGCUUAUUAUAUUAAAAAAAAAAGAUCUAGACCACGGUCAUUUUGAAUUGCUGAUUUUAGUCUUAUUUGUUUAAAAAAUGACUACAGAUAAAAAACAGCAAAUAUCAUGUGAACAUUUUCAGAGGAUGUUGAACAGAUUAUUUUUCUAAUGUGUAACAUAACAUCUCCAUAUGUAUUUUAUUUUUGGUAAGAAGACAUGUUGUACGAACUGGCUAUGUACGGUUUUCAUAUCAAGUACUGAAAAUGAGCUGUUAAGAUUUAAUUGUUUACAUGAAAUAAAGUAGGAACUGAAUUAGUAUAAUGUAACCUAAAUACAGAUUUAUUUUCGUUCAGUUAAAUUACAUUUUGUAUUAAUAGAUUGGAGAAGAUUUUUGGAAAUACUGCAUGUUUUCAGUUACUUUAAAAUUUUGCAUUAUUUUACAAAAUUCGCUGUGUUUCCAUCAGAAAAUAUAAAUUGUCAAGUCGACCGACUGUAAAACAAAAAUAUAAACACGUCAACGACAAAGUUGAUUUGAAAGUUCCUUUCAGCAGCUCGAAAGCACACAUGUUCUCAGCUUGCCAAAGUAAUUGCUCACACAGAAAGCAAGGUAAAAAUUGUCUCAAUGGGAUUCGAUGGCUUCGGUUUUUGUCGUCGUUUUUAAAUAAAAAAUCUUAUAAUACCGUCCCAUCGAAAUAAGCGAAUAACCAGUUAGACAUUGGUAUUCGAAUAAGGGAACAAUCAACAGCAAACUAUGAAUUAAAUUUCAUAUCAAAUUGAUUUACAGAUCAUUUUUCUUAUAUAUUUUUUCUGUACAUAUAUAUUUUAUAACUGAUACAAACAAUUUUGUACAUUUCAAAAUUUACAUGAAAUAAUAUUUUUUCAAUUCUUAUUUCCAGGAAAAUUUUUCAAGUUGUAUACUAGAAAUAUAACAAAAAAUGCACAUUUUUAUCAUAACUUUGUUUUCCUAAGGACAGCAUUUUUACUGUAUAAGUAGCUCUUACAUCAUGAACAAAAGAAUGUAAACAUAAACAUGAUACAAAUCAAAGUUAGCAAUGCUUUUACUGAGUUCCUAUGAUAGAAAACAUGGAUUUACAAAAAACAAUCUUUUCUAGACAAAAUAUUUCAACAAAUAUUUUUCUUUUGCUUAUUUCUGAUAGCCUUAUUAUUAAAUAUGAUUUCCGCUAGAUAUAUCAAUAAUAUAGAUAGAAAGUGUAGCUAUUAUAUGCAUAUAUUUUGCAAAAGAUAAAUAAACAAUGAUAACCAUAUAAUACACUUUCAUUACUUUCCCGUCUUUUACUUGAAAACAUACAUCGCUUGUUUUUCAUUGCACUAAAAUGAUUUUCCAUUAUAUGUAACCCGGAUUUUUUAAAACUUUUAAUUAACAUUUUUAUUUAAUUAACUAGAAUUGUCGAUAACGUCCGCAUCUAUUCAACUUCAUAUUUAUCAGUAUUUAAAGUAAGAGACCGUGAACUGCGCAAAAUGUUGCGCAGUAACAACUCCUGAAAAUGUCCUUAAAUUAGUAUAGUUAUUUCUUUCCGAGCAAGAUGUAAAGUGAAAAGGUGUUCGUCUGAUAUUAAAACGUUUGGAACAA